GACAGCAUCCGCUAGCAUCUGUCUUGGCCCCACAGAGCAGAGGCAGCGCUUGGCAACGAAAAUCCAGGAUCUGGAUUCGCCAUCAUUUCAUCACCGAACCCAGCCAGCUUCGCUACUUGCAACAUCAUACUCACUCUCGCUGCGCAUAACGGCAGACCAAGACGCAGACCAAGACGCAGACCAAGACAAAGCCGAUCACAACGCUCAACUGAAUACAUUGCUGGACGCGGCCAAUCCAUUUCUGGCUGAUGUGCUUGCUCCAAGGAGCAGACCCAUAGCGGCAAACUGCAAUUUCCCAACCAGAGCCGCGCGCUGUCCUCAACACAAGACCAAAUCACCCACGACACUACCCUCGCCGUCACAAUGGAGACACUCCAGCUCUCCAUGGUCCUUGCCGACCUUAGCAACCUCGGCGCGGCUGAGCCCGAAGCUGCCGCUGCCAUUGUCAGCGCCCACAAAGCGGUCGCACCAGCCGAGAUCCACGAACCCCCAAGCGCUCCCACGAACCAGCAGCAGAAGCCCCUACGACCCUCAGCACUCCAGCGCGCCUGGUCCAGCGAAGGGAUGAAGGUGGACAAGUUCGGUCGUCGCAUCAUGAUCACCCCGCCGGGUCAUUCCACUGCCAACACGGCACCUGGCACCCCACGACACGGCGAGCCCGAGCGCCGCCUCGAUGACGACCUCGAACGUGCCUCAACGCUCAUGGCCCUCUACGACAUCCGGGCCAAGCUGAAGCAACAGGACAACAUGAGCCUCAACAGGGCUCGCGAGAAGAUCAACGCACUAGCUGCCAAACAGCAAGCUCACCAAGCGGCCGAGCGUCAAGCCAAGGCGGCGGAUCAGCUGCGCAAGAACCGCUACUCGUUCCCCAAGCCAGGCCUGUAG